AACGGAGAAGGAGAAGGAAUCGGAGGAGAAGGAACAGGAGGUGAUGGAGGAGGAGGAGGAGGAGAAAACGCAGGAGGAGAAGACAAGAACAGCACCCAGGUCUCCAUCACGACGCCCCGACCGCCGCCCACCACGGAACGGACGCCCUGUGGUAUGCACGCCAAGGUGGAGGGAGAGGAAUGUGUCUGUGACCUCGGCUGGAUUCGUGACCCCGCUGACCCGAGUUCCCCGUGUGCGUGUCGUGACCUCUGCCACGAUGGGAGCGUAUCUUGCCCUGGACAGACGGAAUGUUAUCACGUGACCUGCAACAUCGCUUCGUGCAGGUGCAAGGACGGUCUGCACUAUGAUCCCAGGAGUAGAACUUGCUUAAAUACCUGCCAGUACUACGGAGAUGCUGUGUGUGGCCUGACCUCGCGAAGGUACUGUAUCGGUUCGGAUGAAAAGGCCACUACUUACUCGUGUCGCUGUAUGGAUGGGUAUGAUAUCGUCAAUGGCGAGUGUCAAGACACAGACGAGUGCAAAGGCGAGCCAUGCAAGGAGAAGGAAGCCUGCAUCAACACACCUGGCAGCUACAAGUGUGUGUGUCAGAGCGGUUAUAUGAGAAACCACGAUGGACUGUGUAUUAAUGUGAACGAGUGUGCGAGUCCAUCCUUACACGACUGCGAACAUGUGUGUGAAGACGCAGAACCUCCGCUGCGUUUUACUUGCUCGUGUUACCCUGGGUUCACGUGGCAGGCUUUCACGCGCUCUUGUGUUAUUGACGACGAGCUGACGAAAUGUGAGUGCGAGGACGAGGGGAAGAGUGUGUGUUACAAACCAAGGGACGGGGAAAAGCAGUGCCAUCCGCGGCCCGGUUAUGUCCUCGUCAACGGCACUUUUCAAGACGAAGCAGAGUGUGAGAGCGAAGAGAGCGUGAAUUCGUGGUGCGGCAUCAACAGCAAGUGCAUGGAAGGCGAAGGUACUGCGACUUGCGAAUGCUUGGGCGGUUAUGCUAAUGACACGAUCAACUACGGACAGUGUGAAGGCAAAGAGCACAUCUACACAACACACAGUUCCACUCUGUCUUCACACAAGGAACUUAAUUACAGCCCCCACCCACCCAUCCCGACUCUCGACAUUAGAGAAGGCAGAGCAAAGAAACUACUGGACACGCUGAGCACUAACGCAUUAACUUGCCCCGACAAAUCCCUCUCUUCUUCCUGA